AACCAACAGCAGCAGCAGCACAACCAACAGCAGCAGCAGCACAACCAACAGCAGCAGCAGCACAACCAGCAGCAGCAGCAGCAGCAGCACAACCAGCAGCAGCAGCAGCAGCAGCAGCAGCAGCAAAUGAGGUUUCUGAUCCCCACAGAGGAAUUGGGGGGACGAGCGACUGAACUGUCUGUACACUCCAGACACCCAGUCAGUGCAGCAGCAGCUGCAGCAGCAGCGGUAGCAGCAGCAGCAGCAGCAGUAGCAGCAGCAACACCAGAAGCAGCAGCAACACCAGCAGCAGCAGCAACACCAGCAGCAGCAGCAACACAAGCCGGAACACCAGCAGCAGCAGCAACUCCAGCAGCAGCAGCAGCAGCAGCACCUGACCAGCAGUGGCAGCAGCAACACACGCAGCAGCAGAAGCAGCAGCAGCAGCAGCAGUUGCAGCAGCAUUUAUGGCUGGAAGUUUCAAAAUUAAGGGGUUUAGGGUUUGGAUGCUGCCUCUCGUGUGGGGGCCCCCCCUCCGAGGGGCCCUUUGCGGCUCCGCAGCAGCAGCAGCAGCAACAGCAGCAGCAGCAGCAGCAGCAGCAGUUCCUGCUGCCUCCUGCCGCCUUUUCUGCUCCGCAGCAGCAGCAGCAGCAGCAACAGCAGCAGCAGCAGCAGCUCCUGCUGCCUCCUGCCGCCGUUUCUGCUCCGCAGCAGCAGCUUCCCCUCACUCCUCCCCAGCAGCAGCAGCAGCAGCAGCAGGCAAUCCCCCAGCAGCAGCAGCAGCAGCAGCAGCAGCAGCAGCAGGAAGCAGCAGCUUGUCGCCUGCUGCAGCAGCAGCUCUGGGCGUAA